AUUCAAAUCAAUUCGAAUCUGGAACUAGAGUAUCUGGAAUCUGGAGUGUCAGUGAAAUACAUAUAGUUUGAUAUAGUUUGUUAAUUUUAAUUUUUAGUGGUGCGUCCCCUAUUUUACUAUUAAAAUAAAUUACAUUAUUUACAUAAAAUUAUUUAAAGAUUUAAACAAUGCAUAACACUUAAUACUGCAAAAAAAAAAAAGGAUAAUCCUUGCAAUAUAUCUGUAUAGCUAUGUGCUGUAACUUUGUUAGAAGUAUUGUGAUCUACUACUUGUGGAAAUUGGCAUUAUUUUAAGCUAAUUAGGAAAGCAUGAGAAGAUAUGGCUGAACACAGCAAUGAUCUUUAUGAACGACAGCUCUUUGCUGUGUUUGAGAGCUGUUUAACAAAAGGAGAGAAUGAACUUGAUGAAAACGAUUUGUUUUCCAUUUGCAAUAAAUUACAUCUCCAUGGAUUAAUUGAGGAAUUGAAAUCGUGCAUUCGCGAACAUUGUCCGGAUAAACAAACUAUAUCUUUUGAAGAAUUUCGGGACGGUUUAUUACUUUUGUUGAAAAAGUUCCAGGGAUUGAUUACUGAUAAACAGCAUAUUGUACAGCCGUGCUAUAAUUUAAGUACGUGCGAGAAUAUUGAGAAAAGCGAGAUCUCUAUCGAUGGUCAGGGUAUCUCAGAGAUUCAUCUUCAAGAUAUGAAAUCUAAUAUUACAAUGGAUGAGAAUAGAUUAACACACUUAUGGGAAAAAAUAAAAAUUUACUUAAGGAGUAACAUGGAUCCUGUAACAGCGAUACAAUUUAUAUCAAAUUGUUUAGGAAUUCCAGAACUUCCAAAGCAAAUAAUAGAAUCCAUCUUUGAGAGACUUGAUCAGAAUUGCGACGGGUUGAUAAGUUUCGACGAGUUCGUAAUUAUAUUUCAAAAGAGAAAGAGUAUAGAGGCUUCGCAAACGAAUAAUGCAUCUGACAACAAUAUUGUAAAUUGUGAUGUAAAUACCUUAGGUUUUACUAUAUGCAAAUCUCGUAGAAUGAACUCGAUACAGCUUAACAGAACUUUAGAUAAGGAGGAAGGUGCUGGUGUAUCCAAUAUAACUGUAUUAUCUUCUAGUAGAGAUUUUAAUGCUUUGAAUACUAGUCUUGCAGAAAUAACAAAUAUCAUAUGCAACGAACUCAAAAAUUUGAAUGAAUCGUUUGAUAAUAAUACCAUUCAAUCUCAUAUUACUUUAUUGCAAGAAAUGAUUGUUGCUCAUCAGGAUGAGCAACGCAAUCUAAAUGCUACAAUAGAAAACGUGAAAGUGGAAAGGGAGAAGAUGCGUCUCGAUAUGUUGGAAGCUAACGAACGGGCUAAUUUAUUGGCGCAGGAAAUUGAUGAAUGUCAAGUUCAAUUGGAAAAAACCAAGAGAAAUCUACAGAGACAGAACGAACAACGUUAUGCUGAAAUUACAAAAGAAUUGUCGGAUCAGUUUAAUAUUGAACGAGAGAUGAAUGCUGUGGUACUAAAAUCAAAAGACGAUCAGUUACAAGUGUUACAGAAAGAGAAUCAUGACAUGAAGAAUAAAAUCGUAAAUAUUUUGCAGGAGAAUCAAAUGCUCGAAGCGGAAAAUAAAUCUCUUCUCAAUCAGAUUGAAAAGCUGCGGCAAUCUAAUAAUGAUUUAUUAACACAGAUAAAGAUAUUAGACGCAGAGCAUGACGAAAUACAGAAUAUAGAAACGAAGCAACAAGAGCAAGUUGAUUUCUUUGUCAAUCGUAUCAAACAAUUGCAGUCGGAAAUAAUUCUCUUGCGUGAUCAAAACGACGAACUUAAUAUGGAAUUGGAAAAUUUCAGAUGUCACAGCGAAGAUAAGAAACACAAAGCAUCUGUCGAAACUCCACUCGAAACUCUUAUUUCGUUAUGUGAUCGGAAUGAAAAUCGUGCACCGAUGCAAGAUUUUGAAAUGGAUCAACAGGUCGUUGAUGCAAAAGUGUCAUUUGGUUUCGGACCACCAAUGGAUAAAGAACGACAAACCGAUAUACCAAAUUCUAACACAACGGAAUACAAAAAAUUUGGAGACACAAUUAUAAAAGAUCUGGAAAAUGUACUAUUAACAAAUACAAAAUGCAUUUCAGAGAAGUGUGCCUUGAGAGACGCUAUAUCGAGAUUAAUUGCUAAUCUGCAAUUAAAUUUUUCACUACGUUCCUCUUCCGCGCGAGAUUUCGGAAAGAGUAUAGCGUCUGAGCUCGAAAUGGAAUGCGAGGAACGAACAAACGAAUCCUUGCGUGAUUUAGUCGUUUCGAAAAUAUCAAAACCGAAUACUUUCGCGAAACGUUUAGCGGUGUCGAGCAGCAUGGAAGAUUUCACUAGUCAAGAUACAAAAGACAUAAUGCAAAAUAAAAUGACAAGUCUUAGAGAUUAUCCACCCCGAAAAGAAGAACAUUCUGUGGAUCAGUGCAAAAAUAAUAAGGAAAAAAUGAAUUCUUCCAAUAUUAUCGAAGUUGAAAACAUUCCAAAAGUUGUAACGACAAAUGUAGAAUUAUUAGAAAUUGAGAAGAAGCAAUUAAUCGAACGUUGCCAAGAACUCGAGCGUAGUUUAGAUUUAUUAAAAACGGAAUACGAAGAAUGUGAGGAUUAUUGGGCUGCCAAAUUGGAAGAGGAAAGACAACUCUUUGAACAAGAACAAAAAAUAAGUGACGACAAACUUGCCGAGCUUAUUAAUAAAAUAGUAGAAUAUGAGGAAUUAAUUAGUCCUUCGGAUAAAUUAAAAAAUGGCGGCGGGCGAUUGUCUCCGAUAGAAGAGAAGUUUACUUUGGAACAACAGUACAUAGCUCUUGAGGAAGAAUUCGAGAAAUGGAGAAUAAAAACUGAAAAAGAUAUUUCUCAAAAGAAUUUAGAAAUUGAAGAUUUGUGUGAAAAAUUAAGAUUGGCAGAACAGCCAAUUACAAAUGAUUCCUAUGUACAAGUGCCGGAUGAAAUUUUUUUGCCGACAAUGUCAGACUCGUCGCACUAUAAAUCUUCCAGUACAUCUAGUAUACCGUCUACGAACGAGCCAUUGACGAAUCUAUGCACAAUCAAUCAUACUUCUUCGAUGGAAUUUCUACUAUCCAACGAUUCCAAUAGAUUAUUAAAACAAGAAGAUCAUGUAGAUGAUCAUGAUUUGUAUAGUAUCAAAUGUUCUGAAACGAAAGAAAUAAAAACUAUCAACAAGCAUCACAAGAUGGGAGCAAUAUAUCAAAAUAAUUCGCUUAUUAGCGCUAAUACUACGGUAGGACUAAAAGAAGAAGAUAAGCGCGACACGGAAUUUAAAUUUACACGUGAUGUAACGAAAGAAAUCAGUUGCCCGUGCACACAGAAUAAUACACAGCAACAUGUAGAUUGCGUCGAUCUAAGCGUCUUGCAAGAUUUAAAAAUGAAACUUUACACACAAGAACGUAAAAAGCGAUAUUUGCAACAUUAUAUUAAACAGCAGCGUCAGUCCAUUGAGAAACUGUUGCAACAUAUUAUGGCGCAGCAUCAGACAGAAGUAUGCGAAUUACAGUGCCUUCUUCGUAAUAGUCAAGAGAGGCUACAAAUACAAGUUCAAACAACAAUUGAUCAGGCUGAUAAAUUAGCCAGUGCCGACAUAUUAGUGAAGGAUUUGUAUAUAGAAAACGCAUAUCUAACGGCACAUAUGAAACGCUUGCAAGAACGGUGUCUCAUCUUAAGCGGCCUCGAUGUGGGAACGACUUCAAUAUGAUAUGUUUAAAUAGCUAUUACUAUUAAAUAAUAAAUUAACGCGUUAUUGUAUUGUAUUGAAUAAUUGUACAUUAUUUAUUUUGUAAUACGAUUAUUAGCGAUGUACAAGUGAUGUCGAUGAAUGAUGUUGCGGUAAAACUCAGGGAUGCAUAUGGUUGAGAAAUGUAUAUUGUAACAUACACAUACACACGCGCGCACACACACACACACACACACACACGAGUGCCUUUUCGAUAUUUAAUUUAUCUGAAAACUAAAGUAAGAGCUUUAAUCGAUAUCAUAAAAUUAACGUCAAAUCUAUGACCUGGGGGGGAGGGGAGGAGAAGGAGAGCGAUUGUUAUUUAAAUAGCAUAGAGUAAGGCACACAGAGAAAAAUUAUGGAGUGAAAAGUUUGUAUUACCAGAGUUAAUCGAUAAUUUUUCAUUAAAUGAUGGCAUAAUGUUUUUCUAUUAUAUGGAUGCAUAAAACAAUGUGUAGAUGUAAAAAAAUAUUGAAUACAUUAAGUAUUUAAAGUGUAUAUAUAUGUAUGUAUCUCGGUGAUACAUUGUCAUGUUCUUUGCUGCAAUAUUUAUGAUAUACUCUAGUGGCUACUGGAAUAAUUGUAAAUAAUAAUAAAAAUCUUCCUUCGCA